AUGUCUCGGGCUGUUAAUCUUACAGUUCCCUGCCCUGUUCAGCUUGGUUCCUUAAGAAAUGACUCCUUGGAAGCUCAGCUUCAUGAGUAUAUUAAACAAGGGAACUAUGUAAAAGUGAAGAAGAUUCUUAAGAAAGGAAUUUAUGUUGAUGCAAUUAAUUCACUGGGCCAGACACCACUUUUUGUUGCAGCAUUAUUAGGCCUUACAAAAUUGGUUGAUGUUCUGGUGGAUUAUGAUUCAGAUCCAAAUCACCGCUGCUUUGACGGGAGCACCCCUGUCCAUGCAGCAGCAUUUUCAGGGAAUCAGUGGAUCCUCAGCAAACUGCUGGAUGCAGGGGGUGACCUUCGACUGCAUGACGAGAAGGGUCGGAACCCACAGACCUGGGCCCUGGCGGCAGGGAAGGAGCGCAGCACACCGAUGGUGGAGUUCAUGCAGCGCUGCACCUUACACAUGCAGGCCAUCCUCCAGGGCUUCUCCUAUGACCUCUUGAAGAAGAUUGACUCUCCUCAGCGACUCAUCAGCAGCCUGCCAGGCUUUGGGGGCCUUAUACAGAGAAGCCCUAGUAGUUCUCCUAUCCGAACACUUAAAGCUGGUGUCAUUUCUACACAAAAUAUCUACAGCUUUGGCUUUGGGAAGUUUUAUCUUACAGGGGGCACACAACUGGCCUAUCUCGGCUCUCUUCCGGUGGUUGGAGAGAAAGAGGUGACACAAGCUGAUGAUGAACCCACCUUUUCUUUCUUCAGUGGCCCCUACAUGGUUAUGACCAACCUCAUGUGGAAUGGGAGCAGAGUGACGGUGAAGGAUCUGCAUUUGCCCAGCCACCCACAAUGCAGCAGGCUGCGGCUGGCCGACUUGUUAAUUGCAGAGCAGGAGCACAGCAGUAAGCUGCGACACCCACACCUGCUGCAGCUGAUGGCUGUGUGCCUGUCCCAGGACCUGGAGAGGACGCGCCUGGUGUAUGAGCGUAUCACCGUGGGCACACUCUUUGGGGUUCUGCACGAGCGGCGCUGCCAGUUCCCCGUGCUGCACAUGGAGCUCAUCGUGCACCUGCUGCUCCAGGUCUCUGACGCCCUGAGGUACCUGCACUCGCGGGGCUUCAUCCACCGUGCCCUCAGCUCCUACGCCAUCCACAUAGUCUCCACCGGGGAAGCAAGGCUGACCAACCUUGAGUACAUGAUGGAAAGCCAGGACGGAGGUGUGCACAGAGACCUGACUCGCAUCCCGCUCCCCACCCAGCUGUACAACUGGGCCGCCCCAGAGGUGAUCUUACAGAAGGCAGCCUCUGUGAAGUCAGACAUCUUCAGCUUUUCUAUGAUCAUACAGGAGAUUUUAACAGAUAACAUACCCUGGAAUGACUUAGAUGGUGAAGACAUUAAAGAAGCCAUAGUUUUGGGAAAUUAUUUGGAAGCUGAUGUCAGACUUCCAAAACCUUACUAUGACAUUGUUAAGUCAGGCAUCCAGGUCAAGCAGAGACACCGGACUAUGAACCUUCAAGAUAUCCAGUAUAUUCUGAAGAAUGACUUAAAGGAUUUUAUUGGAGGCCAGAGAACUCAGCCCACUGAGAGUUCCAGGGAACACAGAUAUGAAGUCCAUCCUGAUACCAAUGUCUGUCUAGGACUGACUUCAGAAUAUUCAAAAGAGACUUCUGACUUGGAAAUAAAAGAACUGAAGGAAAUGGGUAGUCAACUUCCCUCGCCCAAGAGUCAUUCUUCUCCCACUAAGAAAGUAACACAAGAUCCUCAGGUCCCAGAUCGAAGUCUGACGACCAAGGAGACCAAGCACCAAGACGCUGUUUGCCUUGAUUGCUCUGUGGCAGAAGAGUCCAGGAGCCCCAGCCCAGGCCGGACAAGCCUCUACAGCUUUGAAAUGAAUGAAAUCAAUUCAGGCUGCCUAAGUGUGCGAGAGGACAGAGAGGAAGAGUCCCCAACAGCAGAUUCAUUUUUUGAGGGGGCUGGGCAGAACCAGGUGGAUGAACUGAAGUCCAUGGAAGAGGAACUGGAGAAGAUAGAGAGAGAGGCAUGCUGUUCCUAUAAUGAGGAUGAGAGCUCUUCAGAAACUGAGGACUGGGACUGGCAAAGUGAUUCCCUUAACUCAUCCAGCCUCGUGGAGACUCCUGGAGAAGUCAAAAGCAAUGUGAACAACCGGUCCAGGACUGAGGAGUACAUCAGCAAGUGUGUGCUGAAUCUAAAGAUUUCACAGGUCUUCGCACGCCAGAAUGCUGAGUUGAUCAGGAGUAUCCAAAAGAAACUAGACGAGGUUGAGAUGAUGCAGAAGGAGCAGGAAGAAUGCAUGUCAUUAUGGAUUUCUACAAGAGAGGCUCUAAAGGCCUUACCUCCAGCCCGGGGUCCCCCAACUUUGAACUAUAUUCCUCCUGUCCUGCAACUAUCAGAUAUUGGUAGCAAUUGCCCGGUCCUAGUAGAGACCCCGAGAAGACCAUCAAUUCUUUGUGCCUCUGGAAAACAAUGCAAUGUCGAACAGUUUCAGGCCUUUCAAGGAGCCAAGGACAAUUUGGGAAGAAGCAGGAACCAAACUCCCAACAGCCAGGGAAGACCUAGAGAGUUUGGUGCCCGCCCCAAAGUGACACAGCUGAAUAGUGCCCUGUGGACCAUGCCAAGCCGCCCUCAGGGACCUCCAGUUUCCUCCAGAUUUGGUCAGGGCGUUACCAGGAUCAGUAUGGAGUCUGAACUCUGUAAUGAAAAGUCAAGAAAUCAUGAAGAUGAUGGAGAGGUAUACUUAAAAUGGAAAAUGGAGGUGAAAGAAAUGGCAGAAAAAGCAGCUACUGGGCAGCUGGUGGCACCUCCUUGGCACCCUCAGAUUAGUUUGAAUUUAGAGAUUGAAAAUGAAAAUGAGCCUGAUCCUCUGCCACAGCCCCCAGUUAGGGACCUUGAGAAAGCAGAUUGUCAGCCAGCUUUCGAGUGUCCCAGGAAGAGUGGAAAUGGCAAGUGUGACAAAACAGACAGCAAUGACCCCAACAGCGACUGGCAUGGCGGACGACCUGGACCUGGCAACUUGGCUAGUUUCAAACUCCUGCCCUUGAGAAAGAAUGAGAAGGCAGAGCCUAGAGAAGUCUCUCAAGCAAAUUGUGAUGCAUCUGUGACCAGCAAGAAAUCUUAUGGUGACCCAUCUUUGCAGUCAUCUCAUUCGCCAGAGCCGUUGGAGGAAAUGAUGGAUUUUUUAACUCCAGAGCAUGAAUAUUUUUACUCUUUGACUGCUCAACAAAACAUGGCUCUGGAGACUUCAAGCCCCAUAGAAGAGAGCUUUAAAGGAACACAGGAUGCAUUUACCCAAACUCAAGCUUCUGGUGAAAAAAAGUUCCCUGUGAGAAAAAGUGUUGAAAAGAAUUCUGAGGUUUGGACCAAGUCUCAAUUCCAAUCAGCACAAAUACGAAGUACUGAAGAUGAAAAAGAGGACACAUUAAGGGAAUCACCAAAGGAACCAAAAGAGAAAGACAUAACAUUGACAGACAUUCAAGACCUGUCAAGUAUCAACUGUGAACAGGAUGGUUCUUUCAAGGAAACCUCAUGCAAAACACCCAAAAUAAACCAUGCACCAACUAGUGUCAGCACUCCAGUCAGUCCAGAGUCAAUUUCUUCGACCGCCAGUCAGUAUGCAGACUGCCUGGAAAGUAUUCCAUUUCAAGUUAAAACAGGAUCUACUUUAGUUUUGAACAGUCAAGAAGCUAUUCAAGUCUCAUCUGAUAAAUCUGCUACUGUCCAGGAGAAAGCCAAGAGCUUAGGUUCCCUUCUUAGUUCCUCUAAAGCGCCCCCGUCAAGAGUGGCUGAUCUGAAAAGAUUGUUUGCAUUUAGUGAGGUUGAUUCUCCAAGCAUUGUCAAAGCACCUGAGACAUCUCAUAUUAUCCAGAGAAGAAGCCUGCCAAAAGUAGAAGCCAUUUCCCAGCAUCACAUUGACGAUCUACCACCACCAUCUCAGGAGCUCCUUGAUGAAAUUGAGCACUUGAAGCAGCAGGAGCCCUCAUCCCCGGGACGGGAGGAGAAGGCAGCGUGCCAGCCAGGCCUCUCUGCAGCUGAUCAAAGGCACUUAGAAGCGAGCAGUAAUAAAGAAGAUAGCAGCAUGCUUUGGACUAAAGAAUCACAGAAUCUAGAAGAAGACACGGAGAGGGCUCACUCCACUCUCGAUGAAGACCUGGAAAGAUGGCUGCAGCCCCGUGAGGACAGCGGGGUGCUGGAAGAUCUGCUCAAGGGCUCUGCAAGAAUAAACAGGGAGCCACAUACCAAGAAUCACGAAGUUGAUGAAAAGAAGAAGAAAGGGGAAGCAAGCAUCACAUCAGAGAAAAGUUCAGAGAGCAUUUUAGGAACACCUGAAAAAGAUGAACUAAAAUCCUGCUUUUGGAAGCGACUGGGUUGGUCUGAACCAUCCAGGAUAAUCGUACUGGAUCAGAGCGACUUGUCAGACUGAACAACAACGGAUCAGAGUUGGCUCCUGGCUCUAUCUGAAUGUCCCAGUAGGGAGCCCUCUUCUCCCCUCAUCUGU